CAAUUAGUGAAAUCAGUAACCAAGCUUUUAAAAUAAAGGAAAACCUCCUACUCCGCUAUACAUAUAAUUACUUUCAUUAUUUAGCUACUUUUCCGGCAACCGCAACAAACGCUGGCCCAAGCCUGCAAAUUGUUGCCAUCAACUGGAACGCUGGCUGCCCACUGGCAUUUGUUCAACUACUCAAAAAUUCACUUUGUAAACAAACCUUCACACACAUCAAACCAUAUCAAGCGGCUCAUCUGGAUGAAAUGAAAAGGCUGUUAGAUGUAAUGCAGGAACGUGCUCCCGAUGUUGAACAUCAGUUCAAAGAAAAGUCAAAUGAGUUGGAAAUGGCGCAGCUUAUCAUACGCAAGUUGUCGGAUAAGGCCAAUGUAAACCAAGGCGGCAAUCGUAUAGAGACCUUGACGUAGACGCAAUUUAUGUACGAGGAACAGAUUAGAGACUUACAAUCUAUGGUGCAGGAAUUUAUGAUGGUCACAAAAUAUAUUGGCAAAAACAUAGCAAGUGCAUAUGCCAAGUUGGAAAAAUUGACAAUGCUGGCCAAAAAGAAGAGUUUUUUUGAUGAUCGACCGCAAGAGAUUCAAGAAUUGACUUACAUCAUGGUGUAUGCGUUACAAUCUAAAUUAGCCAGCAUGGGCACCGACUUCAAACAGUUGUAUACUGUCGUACUGUUGUAUUUCAGAAACUUUAAACGGCUAAAGCUAUAUAACUAUAAGGAAUUCGCAAGCUAA